ACAAUAACCGCAGUAACUGCAUAACUAAAAAAAAAAAAAAUCAAUUUCAAAUCAUUCUCUCUCUCUAAACACCAUCUUCUUCAUUUCUCUAGAGUUUCUCUCUCAUCAAACCCAACAAAUCACAACAAAAUCAUACUCCAAAAUUGCUUCAAAUGUCUGAUAUUCGAGAAGAAAUUAAACAAUCACAACAAAAAGAGUAAGUAAUUUCGUUAGUUUUGUUCAUUUUUUGAGAUUGUAGUGCAAUUUUAUGUGUGAAACCUUAAUUUUGUUCAUUUUGUUGCGAUUGUAGUGCGAUUUUGCAAAAAACCACUACAGAGAAGAACAUGCAAGAAGAAACUGCAAAAUCGGAGCAAAAUGUAUCUAAAGAUAUGAUUUUGGAGAAGAAUACUUCAGAGACGAGUAAUUUGUUGAAAAUUUCUGAAGAAAUGUGUGAACCCUAACUUUUGUAAAACCUAAUUUGUUCAUAUUCUUGCGAUGAAAAUUAUAGAGCGAAUUUAUUUGUAAAACCUAAUUUUUGUUAAAAUUUUUUGCGAUUGUAGUAAUUGUUCUAAGAUUUUACAGAAAAUAACCAAAACAUUAACAAUUUAUUAAAUAAAACAGAGACGACGAUGAUGAUGUACCUCUUCAGUCAAGAGUAGACAAAUUGAAAAAAAACCGCCAAAAUGAUCCAAUUGUAGAUCCGGAUUUUAAAAGAUAUUGACAAGUCAAUUGGUACGGAUUUAACAAUGUCUCCACUACCAAGUGAACAAAGUGAGAACAUUCCUGCUACUAAUGCAACAACUAAGAGUGUGUCUGCUACACAUAACACAACUGACAAAGAGAGUAGGGAUGAAAGCAAGCAAAAAGAAGUUCAACCAAAAGUGCAAAGCAAUCCAGUAAAGAAUAGUCUUGGCCAAAAGAAGUACAAAGAAUCGACAAUCCGAAUUAUGAGAAAUCUCAAAAGAAUGGAAAAGGCAAGCAAGGAAAUCAGGAAAGGUGAAGCAAAAAAGAAAGAAAAAGGGCCAAUAGAAGAGAAAACUGUGGAAAAAGAAGGACAAGAAGGAAAAAAAGGGACUGAAAAAGAGAAAAGCCCUAAAGACAAAACUGUGGAAGAUGUCUUUCCAAAGACAACAAAUGUAGAAGAAGGACAAGAGGGAAAAAAAGAGCCUGAAAAGGAGAAAAUCCCUAAAGAGAAAACAGUGGAAGAUGAGUCUACAAAGACAACAGAUCCAAAAGCACAAAUUGCACCUGAUUUUGUUCAAAUUGAGGAUGAAACUUAUCUUCUAGAUCAAGAUGAUGAUAAAGUUUCCACAAAACUUAGUGAGGAGACAGCUCCAUCAUCACAAAAAAGUGAUCAGUCAACCAAAAUGAAAACAAGAUACAAAAUGGUUGCAAGGAAAAACAAAAACAAAAGCCUUGUUGUUGUGCCAAGUGGUAGAAUUACAAGGAGCCAAGAUGUUCUGUUAGAUGAAUCUGAAAAGGGAAGCCUGAAGAAGGAUGUUGAACCUGCUAAAGAAACCGCAAAAAUAGGACAGAAGAGAAGAAUGUCUACAAGGACUUUUCCUAUUCAAAAGGAAGCUGAUGCACCACCUCCAGCACCUACUCCAAUAAAAAAAAAUGGCAGGUGCUCCUGCUGAAUAUCCUCCAGACCAAGGCAAAAAGGGUGGGAAAAAGAAAACUCCAGAAGAAGUGAAGAAAACUUCUAAGGUUGCUGGCAAAAGAAAAGCAGAUGUCAGUCCUGCCAAGAGAAUGCUGGAAAGAGAAAAAAAAUACAAGAAGUACCAUCAGAUGAACCCUCUCAAGAUCCUACUUGAUUAGGGGA